CUCUGCAGGGCUGAGGGCUCGCCCGGCGGAAGCGGCGUCCCCGGUCGGGGUCGGCUGAAGGGAACGAGCCGGAGGAGGAGGCGGCGAGGCCGGCGAGGCCUGCAGGCCGCAUGGCUGGAGCUCCGGGCGGUGGUGGGCCAGGCCCCGCGGCGGGGGAGCCGCUGCUGCAGCGACGCGACUCCGGCCAGGGCUCGCCCGAGCCGCCGCCGCCGCCGCCGGCCCCCCGGAAGCCCCGGCAGGGCUUCCUCUCCAGCCUCUUCUCCCGGGACCAGAGUUGCCCGCUCAUGCUCCUGAAGACGCUAGAGACGAAUCCGUAUGUCAAAGUUCUACGUGAUGCCAUGAAACACGCAGGUUGUGCGGUUGACCAAGGGAGGCACUUUUCUUGUGAAGACUGUGAUGGAAAUGUCAGUGGCGGGUUUGAUGCCUCGACGUCCCAGAUUGUUUUGUGCCAGAAUAAUAUCCGAAACGAGGCCCACAUGAGCAGAGUCGUCACCCACGAGCUCAUUCACGCCUUCGAUCAUUGUCGGGCCCACGUCCACUGGUUUACCAACGUCAGACAUUUGGCCUGCUCCGAGAUUCGAGCUGCCAGCCUCAGUGGAGACUGUUCCCUUGUGAAUGAGAUCUUCAGGUUGCAUUUUGGAUUAAAACAACACCAUCAGACUUGUGUGCGGGACAGAGCUGUCCUUUCCAUCUUGGCUGUUCGGAACAUCAGCAGAGAAGAGGCCCAGAAGGCCGUGGAUGACGUUUUUGAGUCUUGUUUCAAUGACCGUGAGCCUUUUGGCAGGAUCCCACAUACUAAGACAUACGCCAGAUACGCUCACAGGGACUUUCAGAACCGUGAUCGAUACUACUCGAACAUAUGAAGAUGGUGACGUCAGUAUCUCUGAACAUCAGGACCAUGAGGGGAAAUGAGGUUCUUAGACAUAGAUGUAUACAAUGUAAAUGAUCAGUUAAGCACUGGACACAGUGCAGAAGGUGAGAUGUUCUUAGACACAGAUGUAUACAAUGUAAAUGAUCAGUUAAGCACUGGACACAGUGCAGAAGGUGAGAUGUUCUUAGACACAGAUGUAUACAAUGUAAAUGAUCAGUUAAGCACUGGACACAGUGCAGAAGGUGAGACGUUCUUAGACACAGAUGUAUACAAUGUAAAUGAUCAGUUAAGCACUGGACACAGUGCAGAAGGUGAGAUGUUCUUAGACACAGAUGUAUACAAUGUAAAUGAUCAGUUAAGCACUGGACACAGUGCAGAAGGUGAGACGUUCUUAGACACA